UUUGAUUAGGAAAAUUUUAAAUAGAUCCACGUAGCAGAUCCAACUGAAAAAUAGUCGUUCUCGGAAUGAUGGUUACACAUUUUAACUUUCUGACUGGGGAUUCGGUGACAGCAAUCUUUUCUUUGAGACUUCAAAAUUGAUUUUUUUUCAAAAUGGGACUUUUUUUUCGACAUCUUAUUUUAAUCUAUUACUUGUAUAUUCAUAAGUCAGAUUGCAUAAUGUUGGAUGAUUCUUCACCCACUGACAAUGUGGACAUAACUUUCUUGUUAAGAAGAAUAGCUGAUUUUGGGUAUAACGCAUUUAAAAGACCGGUGGAGGUAAAAAAUAGUAGAUCAUUCCCUGGAGCAAAAUAUUUGAAUUACAAUGAAUGCUUUUUGAAUAAAAUAACACCAGCCAUGCAAAUAGCAGAUACAAAAUGGAAGGCUGGCAUUGUUUGGGAGGUCAUUUUUCCAAAUAUCAUUAACAAAGAACUAAGUCAAAUGGAUGACAGGAGAUUGCUUUGUAUUAAAGUUGUCAAUGAACAAAUAUUCCGAGGAAAAACCCUAAAGGCAUCUGUUAUCGACAUUUUAAUUUAUUUUUGUGAGAAAUCAGAAACGCUCUCCUACACAGCAUUUCGGAGAGAUAAUGGACUUUCCUCCCAAUACAAUCCUAAACAUCUUUAUUACAAGAGGUUUCAUGCACUUGAGCGCCAAAGUAAUGAAUAUUCCUCGAAGAAUGCUGUUGAUCAUACAUUUGCACUUUCUCUUCCAAAGGAAUUCCACAAAUUGCUGAUAAUAUCAAUCAACGACUUUUUACAAAAAUAUAGGCAAAGAAAUGAAACAUUUACCACCAAUUACAAAAGGGACAGUAAUAUGUGGAAACAGGGAUUUACUAAUCAUAGUGGAUCUGAAAAACAUAAUACUGGAGAGGAAAUUUCUUGGAUGUACCUAAUGAAUGACCAAAGAGGGGAGUGGAUUGCGGAUUAUGUAUUUUUCACUCCAAUAAUGUCAGUUGUAAAUUAUUUACAAUAUAAUUGGCAAUCUAAAACAAACACGUCUUCUAGAAGAGAAAAAUUGCUUAGUUCUUCAAAUGGAACUGAAUGUUUUGAUUUUAGUUCUGAUGUUUUUAAAUUUUGGUGGAUUAAACCAGUCAGCUUUAAAAAAUUAUUGCAAAAAUAUUGCAAUAAUAAUAGAAAUUUUACUAAUUUAAAAAAUCGACGUUUUUCUAUGGAAAACCUUACAAAUGUAUCUUUACUCUUGGCCACACGAGGAGGCAGGAUGUAUGAAUUUACUGAUAUCAAAAAAGCAGAAGACAUUUAUUUUAUUGCAUAUCAUGAUGAGAUUGAAACAAAUAUGACAAGUGGCAAUAAAUUCAGUUGGGUAAAAGAAUUGAUAACCAUAUUUUUAUUGGUUGUGUUUCUUUCUUCGACUAAGAACGAAAUGGAUAAACAUGAAUAUAUUGAGGGAGUUAAAAAGCAAAUGAUAACGAUAAAAAAUUAUAAACAUUGGAUCCCUAGAUGGAAAUAUAAGCAAAAACCUAGAAGAGAUCUAUACGAUGCUAAAUUAAAUAAGAUAUACCAAAACAAAGUAUUAAUAAAAUGCAAUCUUUUAAGGACGAUGGCUAGUAAUAAACCUUUAUAUAUUGGAAAGAAAACAUCGUCAGAAAGAUCGACAUUCUCAUUAGAAAAAAAAUAUCAGUACUCUCGGCAGCAGAAGUACUCAAAAUGUAUUGACAAUACAACUUUUCCUGCAAACGAAACAACAUGUAUUCAAGAAAGCGAGUUACACACUAAAAGUAUGUUUUACAGAGAUGAAAGGAAAGAGAAUAUAAAUACGGUAAAAUGCCAAGAAAAUCAAAUAAUCAGCGAAACCUCUAUUAACCCGUGCACUUCAUUUAAUUAUGAGAAUACAUGUGAGAAAUAUUCCUCAAAUGAUUGUGCAAAGACGGAAUUGAAAAGUGCUGAUAAAGAACUUGUUAACCCGAAUGUUCAAAACCAGAAUACAUGUUUACAUGAGAUGCUUAUUUCUCAACUAAACGAGAAUGCAAAUGGUAACCACAUUCACGAAAAUCAUGUUUUGCUUUCCAAUUAUCAGAGCGAUUCUUUCGAGUAUCAAGACGAAAAGAGAUCGCUCCGAAGUAAUAUGCCAUCUAGAGGCCAAGACACACGACAUAGAUUCUCUUUACCAAAUACAAACCCAGAAAGGAAAUUAAUCGGAUUUCCAUUACCUGAAAGUAGUCAUGGUUUUUCGAAGACGCCAAACAGUAGACCCUUUGGUAAAAGAAACGUAUCAAUUUCCUUUCAAACAGAACCAUUAAAAGAACAAAUAAGCAUUAAAGAAAAAAUGAAAACUAAAAAGGAAACUAAAAGAAUAAAUACAACAGAAUACCCAGUACCUUCUCCAAAUGAAACUGAAGAGACGACAUUAAAGGCUGUGGAGGGACACAGUAUGCAGUGUUCUGAAACCGAGGACACAUACCCACAUAAAGUCCUUUGUUCAACCGAUUUAGGAAUUUCUCCAAGGCCAAAAGAAAUGCCAGAUUGUAGUGAAAAUGAAACUAAUGUUAAAAUGAACUCACUCGUAAAAAAUUCGAAAAGUGAGGACGAUUCUUUAUUACUAUCAUUCUCGGUGGAAAAUAGCGAUUCAUCUCAAGAAAAUCAAAAUGCGGGUUUUCAUUGUUACAUGAGUCAUAAUAGCUGUCCUGUUACCUGCGAAAGCCUUGCAACAUCCCAAUCAUCCCUUGAAUCGAAGUCUUACAUGACAACUUCAUUUGAUUCAAAACCUGAACUUGAGCACCCCUCUUCGGAGUUUCCUAUUGAUCAGACCGAUAUUAUGAACGUAAAGGUCUACGGUUGUCAGACUCAUAAUUCAAACAGAAUUCCGUCAGCAUCCAAAAAAGGAAAGCCAAGCAAACCUUGUUUAUUAAAACAAUGUUUGCAUGAAGAAAAAAAUAUAAAAGAAAAAAAUAUGAUAAUGAGAUCGGGCAAAAACUUAUAUUCACUUUUGUUUGACAUUGUUAAAGGGUAUUUUAAAUCACUGCGGAAAAGAAAGAGACGAGUUGCAAGAAGAAAAAUUCGCAAAGUGAUUAGAGAGGUACUGCGGUGGAGACAUGUUAAAAGAUUCCAUCAUCCUAAAUAUAACAAUGUUAGACCUGUUAUAAACCAGGAAGAAGAAGAAAGCUUUGGAACAUUAAGUUCACUCUUCAAUGAUAUUUCUUUACAUUCAAUGCCUAUCGUUGAAUCGUAUCGCCAUGAAUGGUCCCGAUUAGCGUCUUUCCAUGAUUUUGUUUCGCAGGAUGUCCAUGCCACCGUCCUCGCUAGACAUGGUUGGUAUAGCACCGGAAACGAAAGCACAACAGCAUGUUUUAGCUGUCAUAUAGUUCGACAAGGAUGGAUUAGAGGCGAUGAUCCUCGGGAUUUCCAUGACCCCAAUUGCAGAUUCAUUUCGAAUUCAUCAAACAACAUACCUAUACAAAGACAACGAGAUGCAAUUCACCAAGCAACUGAUUAUGAUAAUUAUACAGAUACAGCAGAAAGUGACUUUGUCAUAGCAGAACAGGGUCGAAAUGACCAUAUUUCAAAUGAAUUAUCCAGCUUUUCAAGCAACGCAUCGAGUGUUUAUCAUAUGCAGUAUGAAAGAGAUAAAGAUUCUCAACAAAGUCGAACAGAGAUGAAUUUCCCUACAGAGAGAUUUCAUAAUCAAAGUUCCACCACCAGACGUAAUCAAAAUGAAUACCAUCAAUCGGUUUCCACUGAAACAAAAGCCACAGCAGCUUCGUGUAUUAGACCAGCCAUUACGCAAGAAAGAGCAUCUUACUCACCGAUGACACCACAUUCCACGACUGAAAACACAGCACAAACCGCAACUGUUCCCAUCACACAAGCCACCGCUUCUAGCACGCCGUCAAGAGAAACACAGUUAGAAGCCUUGAUGAGGGACCCCAUGGGGAUUAACUUUGACCGCCCUAAGUACCCGUCCUACGCCAUUCUGGCUGUGAGGAUCAGCUCCUUCGCUGAUUGGCCGACAGCCAUGACGCAGACCCCACGUGACAUGGCCCUGGCGGGGUUCUUCUACGCUGGGCACGGCGACUACACACGCUGUUUUUUCUGUGGAGGGGGACUGAGGAACUGGGAGGCAGGGGACGACCCUUGGGUCGAACACGCUCGUUGGUUCAGCAAAUGUGCUUUUGUGAGGCAAAACCGUGGUCAGCAGUUUAUUGACCUUGUUCUUCGCAGAGCUGCAGAAAUGGAACAGCAUUCAUUACCUAAUGCCUCACAAGAAAAGAAUAUCGAUGAUGAAAAACGUUCUAAAGAAGAGAAAAUUAUGAAUUCAGCCGCUGUUAAAAGUAUUAAGGAUAUGGGAUAUAACGACGAGGAAAUAAAGGCAGCCAUAACCACUAUCAAAAGCAGGCUACCUAGAGGUAAACAUAAGGUUUCUGCUCAGGAAAUUCUAGAAGUUAUCUUUGAACUGUCUGAUAACCAGAGAACAGAAUCCAUGCUACGUUCUCAGAUUGUAGAAACAGCAACAUUGCCAGAAGAUCUGCCUACAAAUACAUCCGAACAAUCAAGUGAGAGAUCAGUAUCAAAUGAAGUAGAAGGUGCAACCUCGGAAGACCAAAAGAACAGUGUGCCGAUCAAUGAUGUAGAAUCCCUAAAACGUGAAAAUUCGAGCCUGAAGGACCAGAUUCAAUGCAAGAUCUGCAUGGAAGGGACUGUGUCAGUUGCCUUCCUGCCGUGUGGUCACCUGGCCUGCUGUGCUGACUGUGCUCCAGCCAUGAGGAAGUGCCCCAUUUGUAGGGAGUUUGUGAGGGGAACUGUCAAAACCUAUCUGGUGUAAACGGAAAAAGGGUCACUGUCAAAAUUCAUCUGGUGAAAUUUAGCUCUCUCGGAAUAUACCGUGGGUUAAUGGCACCAUCAACCUUUAAGUUCACUCAGAUCGGAAUAUUUACAUUCGCUGUGUUUUUCUAGUAAACCAACUAUGAAAUUGAUUUAAAAACUAUUUUUUUUACUCGCGCGUAGAAAUAUACACGAGAAACGUGCGUUAACGUGACGUCACAAUGAGGCUGCAGCGACGUUAGUAAAAAUGCAUUGAUAUAGGGCAGCGGGAAAUUCAAAUAUUUAGCGUAAUUUAGUUGCUUCCAAACAUGUAAAAUGUAAACAUAAUGAAUGAUUUUCAGUUUAGUGUGAAUUAUUGGUGUGUGAAUCACACAGACUUG